AUGCCUCGACCUGGAAAGAAUUCUUACGAUGAGCAGAAACCGCCAUACUCCUACAUCUGGCUCACCUAUAUGGCCAUCCAAUCGAGUGAGGAGAAGAUGUUGCCCCUCACCGACAUCUACAAGUUCAUCAUGGACAAAUUCCCGUUUUAUCGCAAGAAUACGCAGAGAUGGCAAAACUCGUUACGACACAACUUGUCUUUCAAUGACUGUUUUAUCAAGAUUCCGCGACGCGCCGAUCGCCCAGGAAAGGGCUCCUACUGGGCCGUCCACCCAAACGCGCUGGGGAUGUUCGAGAAUGGGAGCUGUUUGAGGAGACGGAAAAGGUUUAAGGCGAUGGGGACGGAUAGUGACGAGCCGCCGAUUAAACAACUAAUACCACCGUGGUUUGCCCGGAAAAUGCCGCAGCAACUCCUCCCCAACGUCCCGUACAUCCACAGUAACCCACCGCAAGAUACACCUUUCGACUUAUCGACCAACAGCGAGAAUGAGGCCUCCGACACGUCGCUUCGUUCAUUAUUGGAUUCGGUCGGGUCUCAGGAUCUGAAGAAUAGCGACGAAUCGGAUCGAUCUACCACGUCUCCCCCUACAACAUUCGAUAUCUGUUCCCUCCUGCAACUGCCAUCCCUCGAAGCCCUCCUCGGCCUCCCCCAGCUCGAAGCUACCGUAUCUCCCACAAUCGCCUCGAGACCCCCAUCAGCCGGAGGGCCGAUAAAGGCCCGAAAAUCCCAUGGAAAGAAGAAGGGAUUCUCGAUUGACAGUCUUCUUGCU